AUGUUUAGUUUAACUCUCAGGUCAAGGAUUGGUAUCAAUCUGUAUUCUCGGGCACUUUGUCUUUCCAAACCGAGUUCAAUCGUACUUUCUAGACAUUUAUUACAUACCACACCAUCAUUAAGUAGCAUAUUCAAAAAGGCAGCUCCAACACCAACAUCAACCACAUCUUCUCCAACAUCACCAGCAACAGAUGAAGUUUAUAAGACUCAUCCAAUUCUUAAGAGAGUGCCGAGAUUCUUACGUCGUUAUACUACACAAUUCAUACAUGCACCUGUUAGUCAUGUCAUUUCGUUUCUUGUGCUUCAUGAAUUAACGGCCAUAGUACCUUUAAUUUCCCUUUGGUAUUGUCUUUAUAAUUUCCCUGAUUAUUUCCAUUUCAUAGAUUGGAGUGUGGGAAGUAUGAAUGAAGUAUAUGUGAAAGGAGUUGAAGUUAUCAAUAAGAGUUUGGAUAAGUAUCAAAUUGGGGCUAUUGAUGGAUUAGAAGAUAAAGUUAAAUUAUUAUCAACUGGUGCUACUUCAUAUGUAGUUGUUAAAUUAUUGGCACCCGGUAGAGUCGUAUUUAGUUUAUUAUUUAUGAAUUGGUUUGCUAAAUGGUUUGUGGUGCCAAUUUCUAACUUAUUCAAAAGAAAGAAACGUACCCCUUCUUCACCAAUCGAAAGUUCUGAAGAUACUGCCACUACGGUUACACCACCAAUUUCAAAUCUGAUUAGUGUUAAAAAAGUGGAUAAACCAAGAUUAUAA